CCCCUUCUCUUCCAGCUGUUGGCUCUACCGUGCAGGCUGGUGGGUGAAAGACAGAGACAGAAAAACACAGCAAGAGAGACGAUAGGAAGAAUCAGAAGGGAGAGACGGUGCCAGAGGAGAGAGGAAGGGACGCAUAAUGAGAGAAGAAGAAGAAACCCAUUCCAGCUGUGUUUCUAUAACAAAUAGAGCCGAUGUGAACAAAUAGAUGUGAACUUCUUCACAUUGAAGAAUUUUCCACUGCACGUCAAGGGAACAAACAUUUACUUCUGACAUUUUUGGUCAGUAUUAGCUGUUUAUUUUUUGAUCAAGCUUUUAUUCAAACAAAACAUCUAGUUGUAAUUGAUGGGACAGAAAUAGCACCAAGUUUCAUUGGAUGAGAAGUCGUUUUGGCCCUUUUUAACUUUCUUUCCAUUCGUUGUGCAUCAAAGGCCUCUCUUCAGCUUGUCAUUUUAAACAUGAACACAGACAACUCGACUCUGCUGGACAGCUUGUUCUUUGCUCCUCUCUGCGAUGGCUGGACCAACAACACAGAGGGAGCCAUCUACCACUUGGGCAACACCGCCCUGUUCCUGGGCUACAUGGGAGGCAGUGGGGCCUACGGGUGCCUCUUCAUCUUUGGCUUCCUGACUCCGGCCUUCGCGUGCCUGACCCUGUGGGGCUGGCUGACGAUGUGUGGCCUGGACGUCUUCACCUGGAACCUGCUUCUGCUGCUGGCCUGCUUGGCUCAAAUCUGCCACCUCCUUUACCGGCUGCACCAGGAGGGCAUACGCAAUGAGGAGCUGACCACCCUCUACCAAGCGGUCUACCUGCCGCUGGGCGUGCCCGUCCAGGUGUUCAAGGAGAUCGCAGGCGCCUUUGAGAACAAGGUGGUGGAGCUGAAGGCAGGAGAGACGUACGCUGUGGAGGGCAAGACGCCCAUCGACCGGCUCUCCUUUCUGCUGUCUGGGAGGAUCAAUGUGUCUUUGGAGGGCCAGUUCCUGCAUUACAUCUACCGCCACCAGUUCCUUGACUCUCCAGAGUGGGAGUCUCUCAGACCAAACGAGGAGGGAAAAUUCCAGGUGACCCUGACAGCAGAGGAAGACUCCCGCUACAUCUCAUGGCGCCGCCGCAGCCUCUAUUUGCUGAUCUCAAAGGAUCGCUACAUUGCCCGUCUCUUCUCCGUCAUGCUGGGCUACGACAUUGCCGAGAAGCUCUACAACCUCAACAACAAGCUCUACAUUAAGAGUGGCGUGCUGUUGGACAUCCGUCUGCCCAGCCUCUACCACGUGCUGGCCCCCUCCUCGCAGGGCAGCGAGGGCGGAAGUGGCAGUGGCAGUGACGGCGGAUUCGCCAAGGAGCAACAAACUGAACAGCAGGGAGAAGACCCAGUGCCGGACUACCAGAAGUCCGUUCCAUCCCAGUCCCAGCCCCUCCAGCCUCACCUGCAGGGACCAAGGAAGACCACCCUGGAUAAACCCCAGGCCCCCCAGCAUGACCCCUGGGCGUCAGACCCGGAGCUGCCCACUGGAGGUGAUAGUGACGGAAACCUACCACCUCGAUUCCAGAGGGGCAGAGCGCCGCUGGCUCCUACCGACACUCCCAAACUGUGAGAUCAGUCUCUCCUGGAAACACUAUAUUAUUUACAGUAUAGCAGUAUGAAUGUGUCACAUGUCACUCCUUAUGACUCGCUCUCUGUCCCUGUUCUCACCUCCCACCUUUAAAAUCACAGUUUGUGUGAUAAGACAGCCAACAUGAAUAUAUUUUGACAAUCAAUAGUUUUGGCUGAUAUUAAUCUCUAUAUUGAUUUAAAUUCGGGCCAAUUUAAUGCAUAAAUGACAAGUGUUUUGUGCUGUCUAAAAAGAUUUAAAGUCUCUGAAGCAGCAUUUAGGCCACCAUGAGGCUCUGAAAUCUGCAUGUUGACUUGCAGAUCCAACAUUUAAUAAACUGACAAUCAGUUGACCUAAUUUAAAUCAUAGUUACACCGUCAUGACACCGGAGCACUGAGGACAGAGGGUCAGCCUUCACCUUGUUACUUACCAGCACGUUAAAUGUCUGAAAUGUUAUUUUAUAAAAAUGGAUUCUGUGAUACUGAAACAGAUGAAUUUGGUUUUCAUCUCACUUCUAUUUGAUGUUAGAACUAUGAUUGUUUGAUCUGGACUUCACUUCAUGUGAUUUAAUGUUAAAAUUCGACUUUUGAUGUUUUUUUUCCACAAAUCACUUAUAUUCAGUGUUUCAAAGAGUAUUGAUUUAACUUAGUAACGUCACUACACAUUUUCUGGAUCUGAAUGAUUUUGACGAAUUUGGUCAGCAAUCAAUAAAAAAACAAACAUUAUAUGAAUUAAUGAAUUGAGGAUGUUCAACUGCUUAAAAUCAUAUAUUUAGUUUUGCAUACCUCAAGAACUUUCCAGACCUGUGUAUGAACACUUUAGGUAUACUUGGCAGUGUAGAUUUUCUCCAUCACUUCCAUGUUCUGUUGGGCAUCUUUAGUUUAUUUAUCUGAAUGCACCAUGACUUGGUUCAGUGUCAGAAAUGUAUGCUAUCUAAGAGCUUCUAAAAGCUUCUUGUACUGAUUUUCAAAACAACUUACUUCUUUUUUGGUGAUAUAUUGGAUGCCUGUAGACCAUGUUUUUAAUUUUUUUUAACUAACUGAUUAUUUAAUACAGACGUAUAUACUGUGAAUUGCGCUGAAUUUGUCUGUUAUUGACUUCCAAAAUAGAGAGAUGGGACUAAAAUUAAGAUGUCAGUGUUUUUAAAAAGUAUUUUCAUGGGGCCAAGAUUUCUCCAUAAAGCUCUGUGUGUGCAGUGAAAAUGUA